ACAACACAAUCCCAGUCGACACUGCUCGGCUGCUGUAAGAAGGAAAGAGAAUAAAAAUAUCGACCAGAGACAGAGAAGAAAAGAAAGAACAAGAAAGCGAAAUACGAAUCAAAAAAACGUUAAGAUAAUGGUUGCAGCAGCUGCAGCAACAGCUUCAUCUCAACUCCUGUUAUCAAGCUCUCGUUCUUUGUCUCGUCUUUCUCCUAUACAGCUAUGCGUCUUUGAUUCCAAAACCCUUGUGUCAUGCCCCAGCAACACUAUCAAGAGAAGGCAUGUUGCUGGCGGGGUUAGGUGCAUGGCUGUGGAGACAGCAUCAGAUGCAGUAACGAAGAAAAAUGGGUUUGAAAUUCAGGCACUAACCAGCUGGCUGUUGAAGCAGGAACAAGCGGGUGUUAUUGAUGCAGAGCUCACUAUUGUGAUGUCCAGCAUUUCAAUGGCAUGUAAGCAGAUUGCUUCGUUGGUACAAAGGGCUAGCAUUUCCAACUUGACUGGUGUCCAGGGCGCUGUCAACGUGCAAGGAGAGGACCAGAAGAAGCUUGACGUCGUUUCAAAUGAGGUAUUCUCCAACUGCUUAAGAUCAAGUGGAAGAACAGGGAUUAUAGCAUCAGAGGAAGAGGAUGUGCCAGUGGCAGUAGAAGAGAGUUUCUCUGGAAACUAUAUUGUGGUAUUUGACCCACUUGAUGGAUCAUCCAACAUUGAUGCUGCUGUUUCCACAGGUUCCAUUUUUGGAAUAUACAGCCCAAACGAUGAGUGCCUGGCAGAUAUCGGUGAUGAUUCCACCCUUGAUACGACUGAACAAAGAUGUGUUGUGAACGUAUGCCAACCAGGGAGCAAUCUACUAGCUGCUGGCUACUGCAUGUACUCAAGCUCUAUAAUCUUUGUGCUCACCUUAGGGAACGGGGUGUUUGCAUUCACCUUGGAUCCCAUGUAUGGUGAAUUCGUGCUAACUCAAGAGAACAUUCAGAUCCCAAAAGCUGGAAAAAUUUAUGCAUUCAAUGAAGGCAAUUACCAGCUGUGGGAUGACAAGUUGAAGAAGUACAUCGACGACCUCAAAGACCCUGGUCCUAGUGGCAAGCCUUAUUCUGCUAGAUACAUCGGAAGCCUGGUUGGAGACUUCCACCGGACACUGCUCUAUGGUGGUAUCUAUGGUUACCCAAGAGACAAAAAGAGCAAAAAUGGCAAGCUGAGGCUCUUGUAUGAGUGUGCACCAAUGAGCUUCAUUGUGGAACAAGCUGGUGGGAAAGGAUCUGAUGGACAUCAAAGAAUCCUUGAUAUUCAACCUGUUGAUAUACACCAACGUGUACCACUUUAUAUUGGAAGCACAGAAGAGGUAGAGAAACUGGAGAAGUAUUUGGCUUGAUUAAGAUGCAAAAGCAAAGAGGGUAUUUUUGUUUAUGGAUAUAAGGAAAAAUAUAUUACAUUGAAACUGAAAAUGAAGAUAAAGUCUUCCUUAUUCUGUAAAUUCUGUGGAAUUCCUGUUGUUGAUAGCAGCAAAGUCACUGAACUAAGUAACUAUCUUUUGCAUUUUAAGCAAUCAUUCAUCGGACCAGAACUUUUACUAAGAACUUGUUUGUAUUUUAUACAUGUUUAGGAUGGUUAAUUCCUUUAAUCAAGAUCUCAUUUGUCCAUCUCAUCUGGGGGCCUA